UUCGCGCACUUGGGUUACUUCCCCUAACUAUGACGUCAGACGAGGAAUCUUGAUAACUCGCCACGCUGCAUCAUAAGUAAUCAUUGCAAUGUCAGAGUCGAUUGUUUCACCAAAUGUGCCCAGUUGCAGUAUAGAAUCUACGUUGAGUAAUAGAAACUGCUGUGUUCCUGGCUGUACCACAUAUGGAUACCCUAUAAUUCCAGGUCAUGGAAAAAUCAGCUACCACAAUUUCCCUCCCGCUGGUGAUCCAUUAAGGAAACAAUGGAUAAUUAAUAUUAAAAGAGAUGAAAGUGAUUUAUUUAAAGUAACAUCCAGCACUGUUGUUUGUUCACUUCAUUUUACGAAAGAAAAUUUGGAGUACCAUCCAUUUAGUGGAAGAAGAACCAAACUGCCCGGAUGUGUGCCGACUGUGUUUAAUUGUUGGAAACACCUUAAUCACAUUUACAAAGAACAAAGAUCAAGACCAUUAAAUGCUCUUCAAAAGGCCAAGAAUGUUACCAAAGUCGCAAACACCAAGUGCAGUAAAUUGCAUGACAACGGUGAGACAUGUCCUGAAGCUGUUGAUGAAGGAAGUGUAUCGGAAGUACCAGUAGAAAACAUUUUCAAUGACGCUAGUGUUUGUGCUAAUGAGCAUGAAUUGGACAAUUUUUUCCUUUCUGAUGAAAUUAAAAAACUGAAAGAAAAAAAUGAAAAAAUGUUGAAAGAAUUUGAAAAACUGAAGCUUGAAAAUUUGACUCUAAAAUCAAACAUUAAUUUGUUAAAAUUUGCCAUAGAGAACUUGAAUGACAAAGAUGUAAAUUUUUACACUGGGUUUUCUAGUAGAGCAGUAUUUAAUGAAGUCUUAAAUUUUUUGAAUCCAGGUCCAAAUGGAGAAAAUAUGAUUCUUAAUACUGCUAAUAUUGAUAAUAUUGAUGAGAUUCAAUGUAAUGUUAAGAGUGGUAGACCUAGGAAACUUUCUCCAGAGAAUCAGUUUUUAAUGUUUCUUUGUAGAGUAAAAGUUGGAUUAUUUGAGUAUGAUUUGUCGAACAGAUUUGGUGUUUCAAUUAGCACUGUAAGCAAUGUUUUAAUAUCUUGGGCCAAUUUUUGUUAUCAACGUCUUGGAACUUUGAAUAUUUGGCCAAGCAAGAAGCAAGUUUUUCAGUAUAUGCCCCAGUCUUUUAAGGAAAAAUACCCUUCAACUAGGGUCAUAAUUGAUUGUACUGAAAUAAAGGUAGAAAUGUCAUCAUCCUUACUUUUAAAGUCACAGACUUACAGCAACUAUAAGAGUGCAAAUACAUUAAAAGGUUUAAUAGGUAUUUCACCGUCAGGGAGUGUUAGUUUUGUAAGUCAGUUAUUUACAGGCUGUAUUUCAGACAGAGAAAUUACAGAACGUUCUGGUUUUCUUCAGCUUCCCUUUGAUAAGGGAGAUAGUAUAAUGGCUGACAAAGGCUUUAACAUUCAGGAUUUGUUAGAUGAAGUACAUGUAAAACUAAAUAUUCCACCUUUUUUAGGUAUGUAUGAUCAAAUGACAGGUGGGGAUGUUUUAAGGACACAAAGCAUAGCUGCAGAGCGAAUUCAUGUUGAGAGAGCUAUAAACAAAAUCAAAUCAUUUCACAUUUUUGAUCAAGUUAUUCCUCUUAGUUUAAUGGGAUCCAUCAAUCAAAUUUGGACAGUGUGUGCACUUCUUACUUUGUUUCAAGAACCUAUUAUUUCUGUGUCUUGAUAUCCUGUAAUGAGUAUCAUUUGUACAUGUAAUGAUGUGUAACUAUCUUUUAAUAAUGACUGGAAUAAGUGAAUGACUGCUGAAGUAUACUUGUUAAAUUACAAAAGUUGUUAUAUAAAUUCAUUGUAAUUUAGUUGAGAAAGACUGUUUAUGCUGCAUUUCGAUAGUACAUAAUAUAUGUUAAUGAUACUUGUUUCAGUUUGUUGGUGUAUAUAUUGCAGGAAAAUUCAACUGACUGCUAUUGAAUAAUAAACAAAGACAUAAAUACA